AUGUCCAACAACAAUGGCAAUUGGGGCCCCAUGCCCACGCCCACAGAAUCUGAGGAGACAGGUCUUCAGUCAAGACCCAUGGGCUUGAAAAUUCACUAUACAUUUGACAAGGAUGGCAAGGAAAACUGCCUUGCUCGGUGGCCACAUGUUCUUCCAAUACAGACGAUACCCCUAGACGAGAAGAACUUGAUUGGUGUGGUGGAUCUUCGGACUUGCUUACAGUCUAUUGCUCAGUGCAGCCCAGAGUUGGCUGGCGACAAUGAACGGGACUACACUGUCUACGCUUACGACUACUCAGAGCCUGAUACGCCUUUGGUCGGCCAGGGCAUGUUCAGCUGUGCACUCAUACAGAACAAUAAUGCUGCUCCGCAACUAGUUACUGGACGGGUCACGAAGAAUUUGUUGGCCAUCUUUGGCAAAGGAGUGCAGGAGACCCUCGAGGUCAAGUUGAAAUUGACCGCCAUCCCAAAAGUCGUGCGGGCCACUCCCAUGGUGCAUGCACCAACGCCAAUGGCAGUAAACCCCAGCAUGACACCGCAAUUCCCGCCAAGUCUACAGCAGUCCUCUUCCAUGAUGUCCGAGACGAACGAAUGGCAUGCCUUUGUUCAGGCAAACCCUAAUUUGAGCCCUGCAACCGGCGCAUCGAUUCCAUCUCCAGCUGCAGUACCAAUCCAACCAUUCAAUCCUGCCUAUGAAGCUCGGAAUGAUAUGACGAACCAAUAUAUUCAGCCCAUGCCCACAAAUGCAGGCAGUCGACCCGGAAGUCGGUCAGGAAGCCACGCAGGAAGCCGCCCAGGGUCUUCCAUGGGACCAGCUACACAUUUCCAGGGCGCGACAACUCCCCAAGCCUCUAACUUGUCCCAAGUAUUCACGCAGAGCCCACAACAGCAACAAGCCGUAGUUGCACCAGUCAAUGUAUCCACAACUGUGCAGCCACGUCCAUCAUCGAGACCAUCCUCUAGAGCUUCCACGGGCAGACCUCGAGGCCGACCGCGCAAGAACCCGCUCCCAGUCGAGGGCAGUACUUCUGGCUACGAGGAUGGCACUGACGGCGACGAACCACCACGAGCUAAGAAACGGGCCAAGACGACCAAGGUUGAACGAAGUAAUACUGCGACGUUUGGCUCUGCACCAGAAUCUCUUCGUGUGGCAGCAAGCACUUCUGGUUCUUUGCGAAAUUUUCGACCAGUCAGUCUUGGUGGUGAAGGAGCACCUGGGAAUCAUUUACAAGAGGUGCCUAGAGCCCCUACGCCUGUGCCUACCCAUCGACCAUUGCCUGGCCCUAUUCAGCAACAUCCACCACCACCAAGCCAGCUGAGGCGGCUGUCGAGCUCAAACUUUUCUGAGCAGAAUGGGGCAUACACAAAUUCGUUUCUGGAUGUGAAUCGGCCGACAUCCUUUGGACCAGAUGCCAGGUCGCCUACUGAUUCUCUUGCGCCCUCUCCGUCCCAGUAUAGUGAGGGUCCUAGCCCUGCCGAUAUUGGCUCUUCACCACCUGUUCCCAGAUCAGUCAUGUAUCCGAGCGCGCGUUCGAGUCCAGCUCCUUCUAGUCCGAUUCUGCCUCCAAUGCGAGCACAGCAGAUAGAUUCUGGUUUCAUGAGUGGCGGCGUCGAGCAAUUUGGCAGUCGACUUGAUGACGAAGAAGCUGGCAAGACACAAACACAGCCACCAGCACCUGCUGCAGAGACAUCAAAGCCGAAGCCGAAGCCGCGCAAGAGCCGCGCGAAGAAGCAGCAACCCCUGAAAAACGAGCAGAGCGAGCAUCUUUCACAAAGUGGUGGGCUCAUAAUUCAAACCGAGACACCUGGACCUCCUGAGCUGCUGCCCACGACCUCGAUAUAUAACCCGCCCAAUCAUCAGGCACAUUAUCACAAGCAAGCAGAAGAGCAAGCCAUGAACUCCAUGGAUACACCCUUUCAGAUUGAAAACACAAGAUCUCAUACACCUCAGAAUAGAUAUCAAAUCCCAACACCUGAGAUAGUCAUCCCUCAGGAGCCGCCCACGACCAACGAGGUCGGAGAUGUACAGUCGCAGGACGACUUUGAAGACUUGGAAAAGGUAUUCAUGGAUGGUCUUGGGCAGCAAAAUACGCAAUCCUUUGAAGGUCUAGCUACAGAUACACAGACUUUCAGCCCGUCUGAUAUUCAAAUGCAGUCCGAGAUCAAGCAGACAAUUGAGCGCGAAGGAUCGGCUCGCGCGAUGGAGCUGCAAUCUGUUCCAAGAUCAAGCCACGACGGUGCUGAAGAGCCAGAACUCCCACCAAUGGUACCAGCAAGCGAUCCUGUAUGCCCUCGAUCAUUCAAUAUGGGCUCGGAACCACCACACCCACAAACAGAUGCUGCUUACAACAAGAAUGCCGUCAAGAAGCAGACGAUCAAGCAGAGACUUGAGGAAGCGAUUGCUGCGGGACGAAUGCCGCCGUUCUGUAGCAACUGCGGAGCCAUCGAGACUCCAACGUGGCGCAAGAUCUACAAGCAAGUACAGACGGGUGUGCCAAGUUUCCAUAUUUAUUCGGAUAAGCCAGGCCAUGUCACCGCAAUCAACAUUCUGACGCAGGCUAGCGAUGGAGCCAUUACCUCGUACGAAAUGAUCAAGAAGUGCCUGGGGCCCAAUGAAGACAAGAGCGCAUGGAAUGAGCUCAUUCUAUGCAACCCUUGUGGACUUUGGUUCUCCAAGUGGAAACAACCCCGACCAGCUGACAAGUGGGAGAAGGAUCAGCAACGCCUCGGCCAGACAAGAAAAAGGAAGGAUCCAAGUGAGAAGGGUUCCAGAGCGCCGCGAUCCAGAAAGCCUCGCACAAAGAGCGGAUCUCAGGUGAAUCCAACAUCUGACGCAGGGCUUAUGACCGAUCCUCUGGGGUUUGACGGUGUCUUUUCGCCCAAGGAUGAACUUCCCAACCCUUUUGAGUCGACACAGCUUGCGGGAAACGGACCAAGCGGGACCAGUGAAGAACAACAAGGACCUGGAUCAACUCAUUCUCGUGGUUCAACACAUUCCAGAGGUAGCGGAAAGUCCCCAGCAAGUCCCAUAGCUCUUGAUGAUGAGUUUGGGACCACGAGGCGCCUCCUGUUCCCCUCGCCACGCAAAGAAGGCGAGCAAAAGAUUCUGGGCGAGAUUGCCGUUAAUGUAGUGCAGACCGCUGAUGAUUUUAUGCGGUCCAAGGAGGACAACACUGUGGAUGGCAAGGAGAAUGCUGCUCCAAUAGAAACAGACGACAUGGCUGACCUGUUUGGUACGCCUGCCCGACCUUCAACGCCUCCUCCCAAAUCUGUUCCUAGCGGCACUUUCAAGACCCCAAAUCGGCUCACGCCCAGUCACCGACCGGUCACUAGAAGUGUAUCCAAGUCGAUUAGGUCUGUGCGCUCGAUCAGAUCUCCGGCACAAGGACUUGCUGUCCAGCAAACACCUUCAAGGACCCCACGCUCUAAUGCGGCGAUCAUCAGGCGGUCCCCUAGAGUGGCAGGCCUUCAAUCGCAGCUCCCAGAUGACGGUCGGCCUCCUGAAUCGCCCUUCACCAAAUCCAUUAACAAGCUUCUUGCUGAAGCGGGUGAUUUCAUCGUUGGGCCUGUGGCAUCGGGAUCCGCAUUAGAGAUCGUCCCAUAUAGCAAGUUACAUUCUGAGAGAUUUGGCGACCUGCCCCAUACCGAGAAUGGGCCACAGCACCCGCUUGAUGCUCCCUGGGACUUUGGCAAUCUUCUGGGCACGGAUGAGGUGAUGCCUAGCUCGCCACCCACGUUACACCAGCAUAUUAGUUUUGGCGCCGACGACAUCGAUAUCUGGGAACAUUUCCAGACUCUUUGUAACAAUAGCAACAAGAUGGACGAGAAUGGCCAAGCGCGAAAAGCUUAG